CAUGCAAUAAAUGGCAUCGAUCUCAUAUUUCAGUCCACUCCAGUACCUUCCAGCACCCAAAGCUCACCAAAAAAAAAAAAAAAAGCUCAACAAACCCUCCAUUUUUGUCCAUGGUUCAAGCUUUUCCACCAUAUCUUUGACAACUAUAAAAUUAUGCCAUGAAGGUCCUCCACCCAUCACCCUUUACGCUACUCUCAGUUCUUUACAAACCCAAAAAUUUCCCAUCAUCAUCAGCAUCAUUUGCUUCACCGCCCAAAGCUCCACCAGCUUUCAUCAAGACCCCACCGGCGGCUCUACAUGGGGGUAUAGUUGUAUUAUCUUCAGUCUUCCCCACUACUUUAGCUAAAGCUUUAUCAUACGACGAAGCACUACAGCAGACGACAACUAGCUUUUCCUCCGAUGGGGUUCUUGAUAGUGUCGUCAAUUUCAUAUCCGAUAACCCCACGGUGGUAGCCGGUGGUGCCGUUGCUUUGGCGGUUCCAUUGAUCUUGUCUCAGGUGUUGAAGGGUUCUAAACCAUGGGGAAUUGAAACCGCGAGGAGUGCGUAUGGUAAGCUGGGUGAGGAUCCUAAUGCUCAGUUGCUGGAUAUCAGAGGACCCAAGGAGUUUAAAGAUGUUGGCAGCCCUGAUAUAAAGGGUUUUGGGAAGAAACCUGUAUCAAUUGCCUUUAAUGGUGAAGACAAGCUUGGGUUCUUGAAAAAACUGGAUUUGAAAUUCAAGGAACCGGAAAAUACCACUUUGUUUAUCAUAGACAAAUUCAAUGGGAACUCUGAGCUGGUUGCGGAAUUGGUCACCGUGAAUGGAUUCAAAGCUGCAUAUGCAAUCAAAGACGGCGCGGAAGGGCCACAAGGAUGGAUGAAUAGCGGUCUUCCAUGGAUACCACCGAAGAAAGGUCUCGACCUUAGCAACUUGACGGAAACAUUAAGUGGUGCUUUCGGGGAUGAAUCGGAUGGCUUGUCUGUUACACUAGGGAUCGCUGCAGCUACCGGAUUAGGCUUAUUAGCAUUUUCAGAGAUAGAAACAAUACUUCAAGUUUUAGGCUCUGCUGCUAUCAUUCAGCUUCUAAGCAAGAAGCUCCUGUUUGCAGAGGACCGAAAGAAAACACUUCAACAAGUCGAUGAAUUCUUAAGCACAAAAGUGGCUCCUAAUGAGCUUGUCGACGAUAUAAAGCAAAUAGGGGUGGCCUUAAUACCAACAACUACAACUAGCAAGGCUCUUCCGGCACCUACAGAGGCAAACCCAGAGCCUAAAAGCGAAGUAUCGGCAGAACCGCCUCCCCAAAUUAAUGCAGUACCCGAAUCAGAAUCCAGAGCAAAAGGAAGCUCAGGGACUCCGAGACCGCUUUCACCGUAUCCUUCGUAUCCCGAUUUUAAGCCUCCGACGUCCCCUACUCCAUCGCAGCCGUAGAGGUUCACGGUUUCAAUGAACUCCGUGUGCACGACUAAAGGAAAAACAGCAACUGGAAUUGGUCAGUCCUUAAAGUUUUAAAGCUCUUCCUCAAAAACAAAACACCCAUUGGUCUUUGCCUCGUUCAUCUUGUUGCUGUCUCUCUCUUUUUUUUUAUAGCAAUUUCAUAGCUUUUCUUUUAAUAUUUUGAGUUAACCUUUGGACAAAUAGUAUUUCCUUUUGCAUGUAUGUGGAUGUUCUGAAAUCAGGGGUGUUGAAAUGGAUUCGGUUAAAAUGCAUUAAUCAUUAAUUAAACUGAAA